UAUGCAUUGGUAUUUCAGGAUUUGGACUACUUAAGCGAAGGUCUUGAAGGAAGAUCUUUCAAUCCAGUUGCUCUUCUCUUCGACCAACUUCAGCGACCCAACACUGAUCUAGGACUUGAACAAGGGUCUUGUCUCAAAUGGAUUUACAACCCUUCUCACAGUGUCAAGCACUUGGUCCUGGGGUGUGGCCCUCCAGGGGGGAGCUGGCAUAACAUGCAUGGCUCUCAAUUGACACUCAGCCUUAACAACUGGUUAGAGUUACCGGGAUUGGAAUUCCAGGACUGGUUACGAGAACAUCGACAUGAAGCAGUGCGUAAACCCUGCACUUUAGUGAAAAAUAGAAUUGAAAGUCCUGGAAACAGUUAUGAUCGUGCAACGACAAGCCAUAUUGCAGAGUAUUAUAAGGAUUAUGUUGACAAGAUGGACUUGUCAGGCUAUUUCUCAAAUGAUUCCAAAGUCCUAUCAGUCAAGCAUGGAAGUGAUGGACUAUGGGAGAUUCAUGGCGUAAAGGGAAAUUACCCAGACGAGCUUGUACCAUUUGCUGUCAAUGCAAAUAAUGUCGUGCUUGCUACUGGUAACAGUGUUGCAAAGACUCUUGGAAUUCCUGGUGAACGACACCAGUUUGUUUAUCAUCAAAUGGAGGAUUUGGAAAAUCUUUUUGGGGACUUGGAAGUGUUAGACUCACAGCCAGAUCCAUGCUUGGUAGUCGGAGCUGGACUUUCAGCUGGUGAUGCCAUCCUUUCACUCUUAUGCAAAGGCAUCCCAGUCAUACAUGCAGUUCGCAGGAGUGUAAAUGACCCAAGCAUAAUUUUCAAUAACCUUACGCCGACAGUCUACCCUGAAUAUAGUCUUAUUCGAGAGAUGAUGAAAGGUACUCAUGACAAAGCUCUUGAUGGUACUUACCAAUGUUUAGCCAAGACCAAACUAGUGGAGAUCCGUAAAAAUAGAGAAUGCAUCCUGAAGAAAACAGAUGGUACACUAUUCAAGAAAAAAGUCUCAUAUGUCUUUAUUCUCAUUGGCAUGAGUCCUGAACUGUCAUUCUUACAUGGAGUUAAUUCACUUGGCAUUGAGAAAAAACUUCCACUGGACAGCAAGAAAAAUCCUGUAGAUAUAAAUGCUUUUACUUAUGAAUGCAGUAAUGAGCCAGGACUUUAUGCUUUGGGUCCACUAGUGGGGGAUAACUUUGUUCGGUUUGGUAUGGGUGGAGGAUUAGGAAUAGCGAAUCAUUUGUUCAAAGACGACAUGAAUGCAAUUAUUUAAAUAUUCCAUUUCUUCAUACAACUAUUCGAAAAUAGCUAGGCAUUCACACACAGACACAGAAAAGUACAUAUGAUACACAUUGCAAUUGUUGCAGGUGACAAAGAACACUUACUGUAUAUGGUUCAUUCACUAAAACAAAUAAAAACAUGCAACUGUAGCGUUUGAAGAUUUAAUAACUUGUCAAAAUGCUUCUAAAUCUUCACCUAGGUUUUUCUAACUUUUGGAUUUUGAAAAAAUAUUAACACAGUCUUUAUGCCUUUCCUUUUUUAUUAGUUUUGUUUUACUGGUAUGAAAAUUUGGACUGAUUAACUUUGGGUGAGACAAUGCCAGCACAUGUAGUCUUGCCUCCUUCAACUGUCUGAACAGAAGCUGUAAUUUGAAAUUUUCAGUAUGAUUGAAUCUAAUUUAUACAUAUAAUAUAUAUAGCUAAUGUGAAAAUGGUGUAUAAUUUUUUUUCAAUGUUCAAAUUCUUCUCACACAUUAAGGAACAAUACUAAUCUGUAGAGUUCUUCAGUUAAAUCACAAUAUUGUUUACAGCAUAUAUUCUUGUACAACAUUUUUUUGCAGAGGUUUGGCUACUUAUAAAUAGAAUCCUCCACUCCAGAAACCUAACCUUAUCUAGAGUGCACACUGUAUAUCCAUGAAACAGAACCAGAUGAUUGUCUAAUUGCAGCUGCUAUUUUGUAGUGGAUGUUACUGGAGCAGAAUAAUGGAAACAGAAGCAAAUUCUCACUGUGUCUUUUUGGUUCAUGUCAGUGAAUGUUUUGCUAGAAAUAGUUGAUAACUAAGUACUUUUAAGCACUACAUGGCUAGCCAUUGUUUCAUGGGUAUAUGACGUGCACUCUAAUGUCAAUAGAUCUUUAUAUUAUUAUACAAGUCUACAAAUUUGGCAUUAACUUUAGGGUGCUAAGGGGGGUGAGGGAGUACCAGGGCUGUAGCCACAAAUUCCUGAUUGGUCCGGUUUUCGAGGGUUUUCAGUUUUUCUUAUAUUUUUUUUCUUAUUUUCCUUAUAUUUUUUCCACGAAAGCGUACCGGUGGCUAUGGCCCUGAAUACGAAUCACAUACAUCAAAUUUCACAAAAUAAUAAAUAUAGGCCGUUUCACAUUUCACAAAAAAUAAAAAUGGUCAAAUCAUGGUUUCAAUAUAACCCCUUUGCCACCCUGUAAAAUUCAUUCAGGACCUUGGAUAUUUUUUUCAAUGUACCACAAUAUAGCAGGGUUGUGACUGCCAAAGAGACUUAAACAGUCUGAUAUUUAAGUAGACCUGUGUAAUGGUAUUUUUGAUCUAUUGUACUCUAUCUACAAGCACCAGCAAUUAUGACAUUUUUAUUUUUCAUUAUUUUUUAUCACUUUACAUUUGGAUAUAAACUGUAAUAAAACAUGGAUUUGACUAAA